AUGACUGUCAGAUCACAACCUCUUGCUGGUGGUAUUGCAUUUAUUACUGGAGGAGCGCGUGGCCUUGGAAAUGCUGUGGCAGUUUCCUUUGCUAAAGACGGGGCAACUGGUAUAGCCCUUGUAGAUAUACAGGAUGAGCAGACGUUUCUUGAGGGGAGGACGGCUGUGGAGAAGUACAACUGCAAGUGUAUCACCAUCAGGGCAGAUGUCACGAAGGAAGAAGAAGUCGAAAGGGCUGUUCGAACCGCCGUGGCUGCAUUCGGCCGUAUUGAUUACGCUGCAAAUUUUGCCGGUAUAGCUGGUCCAUUUGGAAAGACUUGGGAGACGGAUUAUGAUGCUUGGAACCGGCCUCAACAGAUAAAUGCCGGGGGUACAUUCUUAUGUAUGAAACAUCAGCUGAAGCAAAUGAUGAAACAAGACCCAAUUAAAGGAGAAAACGGGCGAGUGUCUCAGAGGGGGUCAAUUGUCAACUGUGCCUCGAUCAACUCAAUGCUUUCCGUAGCCGGCGCAAGGUCAUAUACGGCAUCAAAACAUGCAGUUGUUGGUAUGACAAAAGCUGCCGCCUUAGAAGCUCGUGAGCAUGGCAUUCGGGUGAACGCCGUCUCUCCGGGCUUUAUUAUGACGCAACUACUGGGUAAUGACCUAGCAGCAGCGGUAGCAUCUGGGAAAAUUGAGUCUCCUUGGAAGCCCCAAGAGGAACGUCAGGGCCGUAAAGCCUCACCGGACGAAAUUGGCGAUGUUGUGGUCCUACUGUCCACACCAAGAAUGAGUCUGGUGAAUGGGCAUAACCUGGUCAUUGACGGUGGCUUUUCAAUCAACGGUGGUAACAAUUGA